UAUGGCAAGUUGGCAACAUUAGAGCAAGAGAACUCACUAAGCUCAGUACAGUACAUGUAUUUUCCACCAGUUGGUCAGUCACAGUCAGUGCCUCUGCAGGUUGCUUUUCUGAGAUUACCAGCUCAGUGGCAUCUACAGUAUAUGCUUGUUCAAGUCCUGUUGCUUUCCUUGCUUUACCAGAGACAUACAAAGUGAGAUUCAAAAGGUUAAUGUUGUCACCUGCAAAAGGUGUUUCCUGCAGCUCAGCUGGCAGAUCAAUGCUUACAGAUCUCACUUUUUUAAAUUCCCUCGGUGUUGGAAGAAAGGCAACAGGACUUUAGCAAGUACAAUAAGUUUAUCAAGAGUUCAAAACUUUAAAUGGUGAUUACAUUUUCAGGAUAACUACAUACCAUAACAAUUUAAGACAUCCAAAAUGAGAAAAGCAGGUAGACAGAAAGACAGUAUUUGGGCAGAAUUUGAGGAAGUUGCAACUCACUCGCAAAACAAGGGAAUUCGUGCGAAGUGUAAAGUUUGUGGUAAAGAACUUCAGGGCUUGGUUCAACGACUUCGUGAUCAUAAGAAGAAGUGUAAAGAGCCACAACGAGAUUCAGAUCUUGAAGCAGAAACAAUAGAAGACCCACAACCAGUUACACAAACAUCAGCCACACCAUCUCUGUUAGAAGUGUCAGCCACAGGUGUUGAAAAACACAUUGCACCUACUCGUACUUCCUUCCCUUUCAAGCGUAGCAAUUCAGACAGCUUGGGAAAAGAUACGGAUAGGCCUACCUCAUCUAAUACACAUAAAUUAAAGAAGGCUGUUUCAACUUCAAGUCACAACACAAGUAUUUUGAACUAUGGAGUGAAGACCACUAAAGAAGAUAAGGAAAAAAUAGAUGAAAAAGUAGCUUCUAUGGUGUAUGCAACAAAUUCUCCUUUUAAGAUUGUUGAGCAUGCAUCCUUUAGAGAUAUGGUGAAUGUAAUGAGGCCAGGAUACAAACUGCCUAGUAGAAGAGAAAUAGGUGGUUCACUGUUAGACGAGGUAUAUGAUAAAGAGUGUGAAAAAAGUGUAGUAGAUUUAGAAGGUAAAACUGUCUGCAUGAGUCUUGAUGGGUGGACAAAUGUUUCCAAUGAACCUGUAAUAUGUGCCUCUGUUACUGUUCACACAUCAGAAAACACAAGCUCAGUCUAUCUUGUGGACACAAUUGACACAUCCGGUCACCCACACACAUCAGAUUACCUUAAAGGGAUUGCUACAAGAUCAAUAGAAACAGCUGAACACAAAUAUAAAUGCAAAGUAGGCAGUUUUGUCACUGAUAAUGCUGCUAAUGUUGCAAAAAUGAGAUCUGAGUUACUUAAAGAUGAUGAGUAUAACUUAAUAAGUUAUGGUUGUUCAGCACACAUACUGAAUUUGCUAGCAAAAAUUUAA